AUGGCCGAACAAGAGGCAGGAGGAGGAAUUCCACCGUUUAACCCGAACGAAGAUCAGCCAGGAGUUUAUCAGAGAUGGGAAAGAUGGCUUCGCGGUCUGGAACUGUUAUUAGUAAGUAAGAAUAUAACAGCGGCAGAGCGGAAAAAAGCAAUGUUGCUGCACUACGGCGGAUUUGCGUUGCAGGACGUGUUCUACGCAAUUCCGGGCGCCGAUACGGUUGACGCGCAAGAGGACGCGUACGCCAAAACAAAGACCGCGUUGACAGAUUACUUUAAGCCGAAACUGAAUGCAACAUAUGAGCGACAUAUCUUCCGUGGCAUGAGUCAAGGGGCCAGUGAAUCUAUCGGACAAUUCACGACUCGAAUCCGACAACAAGCAAAAUAUUGUGCGUUCAUGCAAGAGGAAGAGGAAAUCCGAGACCAAAUAAUAGAAAAGUGUUAUUCGUCGGAAGUUCGAAAGCGAAUAUUAGAAAAAGACACGGUGACGCUUGCAGAUGUGCUAAAAAUCGCGCAAGCUUUCGAGACGAUGACGGUACAGGUGAAGCAGAUGGAAGGCGAAUCAGUGGCGAAGAUAUCUAGCAGUAGUUACACAACGAAAUCACAUUCAAAAAACACAGACGCUAAAUGUUCUCGAUGCGGUUAUACAGGUCACUCGCCCACGGACGAGAGAUGUCCCGCUCGUGGAAAAUUGUGCAACCGUUGUAACAAAACUGGCCGUUUCGCCUCUGUAUGCAGAAGUAAUAGACGUUCAUCGGAGGAGGGUAACGCAAAUAACCCACCACAGCAUCAAAACCGAAAUCGACAGAACAACGUCAGAGGAAUUGACGAUACGGAGACUGGAGGCGAGGAUAUAGACGCACAUUAUGCGUUCAGCUUGACGGCGAGGGAGACGGUAAACGCAAUCAAGGAAAAAGGGGUCACAGCCGAAGUCGGCGGCGUUGAAGUGGAGUUCAUCAUCGAUUCAGGGUCAACGUGCAACAUAAUCGACGAAGACACUUGGCGAAACUGCAAAAGGAAAGGCAUCGAGUGUAGAUCAAGAAUAGAAACAAACAAGAAAGUAUUCGCGUACGGCCAGGAAUCAAAUUUAGAAUUAAUGGGCGAGUUUGAUUGUAAAAUAGAGAUAGGAAAAAAAACAGGGGAGGCUACUGUUGUCGUGAUGAAAGGGAAAGGUCGACCUCUUUUGGGAUUUGAGUAG